AGUAUAGUUCUACAGUUUGAAAUUUUUUUUUUAUAAUUUGCAGUUGAAAUUACACAAUAUUUUAUCAAAAUGCAACCUAAGAUGGAAAUUUUAAAUCCAAAUGAAAAUAUUGUUAUACCAGCCUGGAUAAAUGCUGAGUAUUUUCAAAAUGUUUUAGCCAAAGAUGAACCAGAAUCGGUGGGUGUUAAAAAUUUUACACCAAUAGCUGCUAUACCACCAGGAGAGAAUUUUACCUCGGUUAUGUUGCGCGUACAUAUGGAUUUGGAAAUGAAAGAUGGAACUUACAAACACAAAACAUAUGUUUUAAAAACCAUGUUGGACGAUGAUAAAGGUGGUGCAGUCAUCAAUAAAUUAGCUUUAUUUCCCAAAGAAAUGGAAAUGUAUCACAAAUAUUUGCCCGCAUUUGAGGAACUUUAUACUGCAGUAGGCUGGAAUAUAAAACUAUGUCCCAAAUGUUUGUUCACUGAGAAAAAAGAUGGACGUAUAAAUUUUAUUUUUGAGGAUCUAAGUGAAAAGAAUUACAAAAAUCUUGAUCGUUUAGAAGGUUGUGAUAUGGUGCAUAUGAAAAGCAUUUUGAGAAGAUUGGCCGAGUUUCAUGCAGCCAGUGCGGUUUAUGAAGAACGUAAUGGAGACUAUUCAAAAGAUUUUCAAAUUGGAUUUGUUGAUCCAGAGUUUGGGGCAGAAUUUCAAAAAAAUGUAUUUAACACUAAAGUAGGAGCUUACAAAAAAGCCAUGCGGCAAUGGGGUCUAGAAGGUGUGGAUAAAUACUUGGAGAAAUUUCCCAACUUUGAUCAAUAUUGGAAGUGUUGUUUGGCCACUUUAAAACAAAAAACAAAUAAUUUUAAUGUCUUGACUCAUGGAGAUUUUUGGUCCAGUAAUAUUAUGUUUUCUUAUUUGGCCAAUGGAGAAUUAAAUGAAUUGAUGUUCUUGGAUUUUCAAAUCUGUAAAUGGGGUAGCCCUGCUGAAGAUCUUUUAUUCUUUAUAACAAUUUCAGCUGCAAAAAAUAUUAGAAUCCAAAAAUUCGAUCAUUUCAUUUCUAUUUACCAUGAACGUCUGGUGGAAUGUUUAAAGGUUUUGGGUUUUAAGAAACAACUACCCAAAUUAAGGGAUUUACACAAAGACAUGUUUGAUCAAAAGAAUUCGUUUUAUGCCUUUUUCGCCUGCUUUAAUCACUUGGCAGCUGUCAUGCUGCCCAGUGAUAAAGAUGCCAGUAUUCAUACAUUCAGUCGUCCAGAUGAAAUCGGUGAACAAUUUCGCAUGAAGGCUUUUACAAAUCCACGCUAUGUGGAAGCAAUGAAAGAUCUAUUUCCAUUCUUUUAUAGAAGAGGUCUUUUCAAUUUUGCCGACUAUGAUGAAAUUUGAUUUACAUGUUUGAUAAAUAAAAUAAUAUCUAAGUAAAAAGACUGUAAAAAUAUAAUAAAAGAAAUAGCAGUAAUAUUGUAAAAUAAAUUAUUUGAUUUUUUGUAAG